AUGUCCGAGUCAAAUAAUGAACCAAAGAUUACUCCUGUAACUAAUGACUCAAAGAAAGAAAAAUCUUCAAAAAAAUCUUCAAAAAAAUCUACAAAAUCUACAACAAAUGAAGUAGAUAAAUCAACUUCAGAAGAUGGUGAAAAGAAGAAGAAAAAGAAAACUAAAAAACCAAAGAGUACUAAUGAUAAUUCUGAAGAAAGUUCUGUUACUGCAGCUGCUGAAGGUGAAGAAAAACCAAAGAAAUCUAAACCAAAGAAAAAGAGUAAGAAAGAUGAUUCUAAUGUGGCAACUACAAAAGAUAACGAUGGUGCUGCUGUAGAAGCUGAAACUAAAGAGAAAAAGAAGAAAACUAAGAAUAAGAAAGAUACUGAUAAUGAUACUACAGUCACUGCUUCUGAGGAUGGUGAUGCAGAAUCAAAGAAAUCUAAGUCAAAGAAAGAAAAGAAACCAAAAUCUGAGAAAGAAAAGAAACCGAAAUCUGAGAAAGAAAAGAAACCAAAAUCUGAGAAAGAAAAGAAACCAAAAUCUGAGAAAGAAAGGAAACCAAAAUCUAAGAAAGAAAAGAAACCAAAAGAAUCUUCUGCUGAUGCUUCAACUGAACCUUCUUCUACUACAACUACUACUACUACUACUACUACUGAAGCUCCGAAGAAGACCAAAACUAAGAAAUCAACUGUUACUACUUCUACCGGCAAUGGACCAGUAGCAAAUUCUCCUGAAGAAAUCCCAGAACUAAUUAACAACAUUGAAAUCCCAAAAGAAACAUUCGAUGAAACUCAUAAUCCAGCAACUGGUGAAAAACAAGCUGAUGUUAAAGAUGGUUUGAAAUUACAUGGCAGAGUUGAUUAUGGUACUAAAGGUACAAAAGUUGAUGUCCUAACUAAUCAUAUCCUUUUAGCUCGUGGUGAUGAUGUCACUAACCGUAUACAUUCUGAAACUGAUCCUUGGUGGAAAUCUGCUUUUAUUUACGCUUAUCAUAUUGAUUUCAUUACUCCGGCUGCCCCUGAAAGUAAAGGUCCACGUAAACCACCUCCUCCAGCUCCACUUUCAAAACCAAAGAAGUUUGAAUUAAUUGAUGCCUUAUUCCAUGAAGAUGAAACUUUAUUCAAAUAUAAGGAUCGUAUUGCUUUCAAUGGUGAAGAAACUUUAUACUCCCAUGUUCCAUUAGAAGAAUUCACAUUAUUCAAAGGUUGUUGGGAUGUUAGUAACAAACAAAAGAAUAAGAUUAAGAUUGCUCCUUCUCAAGGUGAUGUUUACGAUUUAAGUGAAUUAACUUCUCAAAUUGUUUUAAAGUUUGUUUCAAAGGUUAAUUUAUCUGAUAUUUACAAAGGUACUUUAAAUAAUGACCCAGAAUUCCAAGAAGCUAAGAUGUCUGCUCCAGAAAAGACAGUUUUAUUAUCUUUAUUAGGUGUUAAAUUUUUAAGAACUAAGGAUCCAAUUUUUCAAUUACAAGGUAAUAAAUUCUUUAUUUUCAACAAACAUGCUUUAACUACUCCAUUCCAAAUGGGUGCUUAUUUGAUGCAUGGUUUCACUGUUUCUCUAAGAUAUACUUAUGGUGCGGUCUUAUUAAACAUUGUUAACGUUUGUUUACCAUUCUAUAAGCACACUAAAUAUUUACCAUCUGAUGCUAAAUUCGGUGAAAAUGCUAAGACCAAAUAUUCCUUAUUAGACUGGAUUAUUGAGUGUUACAUUCAAGAUAAAGAAUCUAGAGGUCAAAAAUUCAAUGGUAAAGUCACUUCUAAUGAUAUCAACUUCUUUAUUGACAAAAACAGAGACAUCAAAGAAUUAUUGAAGGGCCUAAAGGUUAACAGACCUUACAUUAACUAUAGUGUUGAUGCUAAUGGCAAGCCAAAGGAAGCAACUAAGAUGAUUAAACCAAAAGGGAUUGUUGGUUUCGUUAGAGAAACCGCUAAUUCUUUGAAAUUCAGAGCUUUACCAAGUGCCAUUAACAACACUGCACCAAAGGAUGGUGAAAAGGAAAUUAUGAUUAACACUAACAGCUACUUUGAAAAGAAAUACAAAAUUAAGUUACAAUAUCCAGAUGUGAAAUUAGUCAGUCUUGGUGGUAGAAACGUUGUCCCAGCUGAAUGUUUAUCUAUCAUUCCAGGUCAAAAAUUGAAGGGUCAAGUUAGAGAUGAAGUUGCUGUUAUUAACUUUACUGCAUUGAGACCAACUGAUAAAUUCAAGGCCAUCACCAACUUGGCUUUACCAUCCAUUAGAGAUGCUUUGACUACCGAAGAAGAAAGAGCUAAGGCUCCUCAUGACACUAGUUAUUCUUUCCUAAGAGUUCCAUCUCGUGUUAUUGACGCUCCUGUUGUUCAAUUCAAGAGCUCUACUGUUGAGUAUGUUGAUAAGCCAUUUGGUGCCAAGGCUGCUAAUGGUAAAAGCAGAAACGAAGAGACAAAGGGUAACUGGGAUUUGAUCGGUCACGAAUUCAUUACUUCCCCAGAAAAGACUGUUAAUCUAAGAGCUGUCUUUGUUAAUGACUCCGACAGAGCUCCACCAGUAUCUAUCAUGGAAGAAUUAAAGAGAUCCUUAACUAAAUUCCAAAAAGAUGUUGCAUCUGUUGGUGUCAACUUCGAUGUCUCCGCUGCUCCAAUCUUAAUUAAUGACUUUGGUGCUCCACAUAAGAAGAUUGUCGGCGGUGGUAGCCGUGGUGGUCGUGGUGGUCGUGGUGGUCGUGGUGGUCGUGGUGGCCGUGGCCGUGGUGGUCGUGGUGGUUUCGGUGGCCGUGGUGAAACUGUCUUCGAAUUAUCUCCAGGUGAAGAAGCUCUUGACAAUUUGUUACAAAAUGUUCCAGAAAACACUUACAUUAUGUACGUUUUAGGUCAUGGUAGUAACUCUGAUGUCUACAAUAGAUUAAAAUAUUUAUCCGAUUUGAAAUACGGUGUCAUUAACUCCUGUGUUGUUUGGAACAAAUUCAAGAAGAACUCUACACAAUACAAUGUUAAUGUUGUAAUGAAGAUGAACUUGAAGAUGGAAGGUAUUAAUCACUCUUUGAGCAAAGAAGAUGUUGCUCCAUUAAUUGAUGAGGCUACUGGUCUACCAUUUAUGAUUCUAGGUGCUGAUGUUACACAUUAUCCAGAAGAAGAUCAAAAUUCUAUUGCUGCUUUGGUUGCUUCCUUCGAUGAUAAGUUUGCUCAAUUCCCAGGUGAUUACUUACUACAAAGUGGACCAGGUGAGGAAAUGAUUGCCGGUAUUGGUAGUUUAUUAAGAGAUAGAUUGGUUCUUUACCAAAAGCAUAAUAAUGGUAAAUUACCACCAAAGAUCUUAUUCUACAGAGAUGGUGUCUCUGAAGGUCAAUUCAGUCAAUUGAUUAACAUUGAAGUUAAGAAUUUGAAGGAAGCUGUUAAGAAGGUUGGUGCAUCUCUGAAUAAAGGUGCUCCAUAUAACCCACCAAUGACUGUCUUAGCUGUCGUUAAGAGAAACCAUAUCAGAUUUAUGCCAUUACAACAAAAUGCUGUAAAUGAGAAGGGUGAAGUUGCUGCAGUUCAAACCAUGGGUAAUGUCAUGGCUGGUACUGUUGUUGAUCGUGGUGUUACAUCAUCAGCUCACUUCGAUUUCUUCUUACAGUCUCAACAAGCUUUGGAGGGUACCGGUGUUCCAUGUCAUUACUGGUGUAUUUACGAUGAAAAUCAAUAUACAUCAGAUUACUUACAACAAGUUACACACAGUUUAUGUUACAUCUUCGGUAGAUCCAGUACUAGUAUCAAGGUUGCAAGUCCUGUUUACUAUGCAGAUUUGUUAUGUGACCGUGGUGCUCAAUUCUUCAAGGCUAAUUUUGCUCUUGCUAACUUUGAAUUCUCUAAGGUUAGAAAGAAUAAAAACGAUGUCAUUCCAGGGUCUAAAUUAUUACCACCUAUAAAUCAAAAGGUUAAGGAUAUUAUGUACUAUAUCUGA